AUGCUCACCCAUGGUAAAGGAGGAGUGCUUAAGCCGGAGAGAUUCAGAAUAUUAUUCCAUAAGGAACCUGCCAGAGUACAGUCACUGAACAGAACUGAUCCAUUUGCUAAGAAUGAUUGGUAUGAUAUCAAGGCUCCAUCAGUUUUCACUUCCAGAAAUGUUGGCAAGACUCUUGUUACCCGUACCCAGGGUACCAAGAUUGCUUCAGGACUCAAACACCGUGUGUUUGAGAUUUCACUUGCUGAUCUUCAAGGUGGUGACGAAGAUCACUCAUACAGAAAGAUUCGUUUGAGAGCCGAAGAUGUUCAAGGAAAGAAUGUUUUGACCAACUUCAUUGGAAUGAAUUUUACAACCGAUAAACUGAGGUCCUUGGUGCGGAAAUGGCAAACACUGAUCGAAGCUCAUGUGGAUGUGAAGACGACCGAUAAUUAUACUCUGAGAAUGUUCUGCAUUGGAUUCACCAAGAGACGUCCUAACCAGGUUAAAAGGACAUGCUAUGCACAAUCCAGGCAGAUUAGACAGAUUCGCCGAAAGAUGAUUGAGAUAAUGACCACUCAGGCAACAUCGCGUGAUUUGAAGGCAUUAGUGCAGAAGUUCAUCCCCGAGAUGAUUGGAAAAGAAAUCGAAAAGGCGACAUCAAGCAUCUAUCCUUUGCAAAAUGUGUUCAUUCGAAAAGUCAAGAUCUUGAAGGCUCCCAAGUUUGAUCUUGGGAAGUUGAUGGAGGUUCACGGUGAUUACUCGGAAGAUGUCGGUGUGAAACUAGAGAGGCCGGCUGAUGACACCAUGGCCGAGCCUACCCCAGAGGUCGUCGGUGCUUCAAUGAAGACUACAUGAAUUCAUCCUUUUUGGUCUUUUUGGAAGUUAUGUUGAUCGUUUUCCAUUUUGUUGUUUGUUCAAAACAUGAGUUUGUUUUCCGUUACCCUCGUUUUAUUUGACCAUUUCAAAGUUAUUUUGUUAAUUUAAUAAAA